AUGCGCUCAAGACGCGUAUUCGGCUUUAGCCUUCUCAGAUACCUAGAUUUUGGGGCUUGGUUAACCUCCUAGGAGUGGCCCUGAUUAGGCCAAUCUUCAACGUUACCAAAUCAUCGCUUCUUGCUCCAUGGCUCUCAGUAUGCAGCACAGAGGGUGUACCCUCAUACAGCCGUUUGCAACAUCUUCAGCUUCACCGACUUGUUUAAUCACGCUGUGGCGGCGUCAUGGAUUCUACAACUUUCUCUUCACUCAGGAGGGUGAGCUGUCGCCUGCGCCACGUGCAAGUUCGCAAUCUCUCUCACCCGCGUUCACCUGGUCUUAGAGGCACAUUAUGGACUCCAGUUUGCGAUCAAGCUUCCAUAAAUAACGUGGAGCCUGGAAACUCCGACGCUUGUUAUAUAUACUCUGUCUUUGAUUUCUUCCGCUGACGACAGCCCCGUCCUGCAAUUGGACUACGGCUUUUGACUACCACGAAGCGCUUUUGAUAGAUCAACGCGACCAUGGAGUCGAAGGCGAUUUCCGCGAUAACCGUCGGUAACGUAACUAACUGUCAGCCUACUAACCUCAUCCCGCAUCAUUACAGUACCCGAAGUAAUGCGGGACUGGGGCCUCUAGAAGGCAAACAAUAUAACAGUUCCGGCGAAGAAUGGGAUAGCGACUCUGAAGAGGAGGAAGCGGACUUGGAUAUUGAUGGCCGUAGGCACAUUGCCACGGGGGCCAGGCUGGACGGUGUAUACUUCUGUGACACUGACCCGGACGAUACGAACACGACAGUUGUUCGAAUCAACAGAAUGGAGGAGCAAGAAGCAGUUGGCGCUUUGCAGGCGUAUUUGGAAAAUUCCUUGCCGGCAGAAUUCUUCCAGGAUGGAUAUGGCAAUGUCUUGCCACUGGAACGGUUCAAGCCUCACGAGCUCGCGGAACUUCAAGCCAAGUUAUGGACGGAUGUCCCACGCGAAGAGGCUGCUGAGGAAAUGCUACUGAUAGAGGACGAUCUACAACUCGCGAAGGUGAGCCUGAGCGUUGGACGCAUAGCAGAAGAACUCGCGCAUUCGCCUCGUGUCUUCGUCCUUCACAACACCACUCGGCCGGGUUGUUCCAAUCUAGCCUGCCCGCAACCUCAGGAUACAACCGAGCGCGAGAUUGUGGUGCUUGAGCCGCUUUUGAACUUCGCGAGCCUAACUGCCGCUGAGAUGGAUUACUUUGAUGCGGACAUCAUUGUCUUCCGUCGCAACGCUUCCUACUAUGAACAGAAUUGCUUCGAUCUGGACAUGCUACCCUUAGUAAGACAAUCUCCGAGGUUUUGUCUGCGCUGCUUGGGGUCCCUAUGGAACAUGCGAGUACAGGCAUGGGCGUGUAUGGACAGGGAAGAGACAAUGAAGCAGCUGGUGAAUGCCUUUCAAGAGACACUUAACUUCUCCUCGUCCGAGGAUACCAGCGUUACAAGCAGCUCCAGUUUCGAGGAAGACAGAUCUACCGGGACGAGUGGAUCCGAGAGCAGUCCCAUUCAUACAGAUAACCAUUCACCGCCACUCCUUCAGUUGGACGGAACCCGGGUGUUGAGGACUCGGCAUUCACAGGCAGCUCCAGCCGCGAACAAUGGCGGACAUUGUGAAAGGGCGUCAGGGAGGACCCUUCUGGUCACUCUACCAUUGCGUCCCAGUGCGGCCAACCAACUCUCACUGGUUGCGUCCUCACCUUCAAAAGGCUGUAGCAACCCAAACCAGCUUCCUCACACAACCUCCCUCAACAACCUCGCAAAGUCGGUUAUCAAGAUGAAUGCAGGCUACACGGUAGAUGCCAAUGGGUCUCCGCAAUUCUCCGGCGGUGUCAAUAUCGGUAGCUCAGGACGUGCAUCGGAUCCCACGGGGUCCCCCCAACCCUUCCAGAAUAUCAAUACGGACUCGGGAGACAACCUUGGUGCGGCUACUUUGCCCAACUCCUCAAACGAGGUCGAUAUGGUAGAUGUGGACUCGAUGGGUACUCUGACUGCGUUCGGCUCGCCUCCAAGUCUGGAUCGUCCCGGCAUUCCUCGUCCCUUAAUCCUCGAAAGCGUAGAUAGGGGCAUCUCUGUCACCGACACGGAGAAGAAGCCCUCUCCAAUCAGUAGACAAGCAAGCCCGUCUAAGUUCAGAGCGCAGUUUCCCAGGGACUGUGAAUCAUCAGGCAACAAUAAAGAUCAGGCAACGCCUUCGCAACCGCCCAAACUAGUGGUUCCUAGGAUUUCCGUGUACGACCUCCCGCCUAUGCCGCUCUGCUCCUGCCGCAAACCCUGGGAAGGACGAAUGGUGCACUGCUCCAAUACCGAAUGUAUCGUUGGAUCCUACCAUCACAAAUGUCUGACUGCGAAUGAGAAGCGUGCAAUUCAGCGCAAAUCAGAAACGUGGACCUGCGAGAUCUGCAAUCGCGAAGCUGAGCGCAACUUGCAGCCGCAAGGCUCAUCUCUCGAUUUCAGAAUCCCCUUCACGAAGGAGGAGAUCAUGGGGCGUCUCGCGCUCCCGGCGAGGGCCGAGGGUGUGCAUGAUCCUUAUGGGUUGGCUUCGAAUCCGCCCGUGUGCUAUAAAUCAGCUCCGCCUGUCCGUGAUGAUGGUAAUGAGGUGGUGGAAGGGGAGGUUCUCGGCGACAACGCAGAUGAGUACGGUUACGAGGAUGAUGGAGACUACGAGGAGGGAGGUUACGGGGAAGGAGGCUACGAAGAAGAAGGCUACGAGGAGGAAGGAGAGUACGAGGAGGAAGAAGGCUACGAGGAAGAGUACGAGUACGAAGAAGGCCAGCCUGGGAAGCCGGAUUCCGAAUGUUAAGCAUUGCGAGGGACUCCAACGCUAUCAUGAUGGGAGGUGUCAUAUGAAUGGACGCAGCGUGGGCUACUACCUUUGUGUUGAGGCCACCCGAGAACGGUGGGAUUGUUCGUCUACCUAAACUCCUUGUAAUCACGGGUGGCGGAUUGGAUCUUCCGUUGGGAAAGUCCAGGUUAUCGGCUGAGCGAUUGGACUCGAUAAUGUCAUGGUCUCUCAUGGGUAAUGACACCAUGUAACGAAUACAACGCCGUGAAAUUAAUUCCC